UUGGUUACUUCGUCCACCAUAUGCAUGGCUAUGUAAAGUAUGUGAGACCCAGCACUGGGUGUGACGUCACUCUCCCAGAAUGCAUGGCUUCCAACGCGGCGCCCAGCAGUCCAGGCCCGGACUCUGAGAAACAUCUCUAAAAGUCGUUCCAAAAUGUCGAUGUGGGGACGGAAUGGAAGGUGGACGGAGAGGUGGACUGAGGCACAAUCUGUCUGUGAAGAUGUUGCGCUGCCUCUGUGAUUCAGCUGCUCUUACUGUGGUGCUCAGGGCUGCUGAAUACUAAAAUAGACUGCAGACCAACACAAGAGCACUUCUCAGGAACACACAGACCCAGUCAGAGCUUCCAAAGCCCCUCAUCACAGCAGCCCUUUUGGGGUUGCUAUGGCAGCUGCUGUCACAGAGACCAAGUGCUGGACACAGGCUUGCCUCAGUAAGGCAGGACAGACCACUAGUCAGUGCCACAAGAGACCAUCAAAGAGUCAACAAACAGCACUUAGCAUUAAUUCUAGCACUCCAAGUUAACAAAACCACCAAAGGUCUUGUAGGCUGAUGGUCAGCUUCCUGGAGAAUCCUCAUGAGUCUUGUCUGUGUCUGCUCAGGCUCUUGGCCAGAGUCCCUGUGCAGCAGCAGAGCCAGUACUCUUCCUUCUGUUAGACCAUGUUCCAUCAGCAGGAUCAUCUGAAGAGCCAGCUGCAGGAGAGCCACCCAGCCAGUAGGCAGCUAUUCCACUGCCAAGAGUGUGGUAAGCAGUACAACACCCAGCUGGGUUAUAGACGCCACCUGGUGGCAGCCCACAGUGCUACAGCGGGCCUGCCUUGCCCAGAGGGGGCUCCUUCCCUGCUGGAGCACCUGGGCAGCCAUAUUGACAGGGUGCCACCGCCAGAGGGGAAUGCUAACGCAGCUGUGCCAGUGAGAGAAAGGAAGUACUCAUGUGAGAGAUGUGACCGCCGUUUUUAUACUCGUAAGGAUGUACGGCGUCACGCUGUGGUGCAUACAGGGCGCCGUGACUUCCUCUGUCCACGCUGUGCACAACGCUUUGGCCGUAGAGACCACCUGACCCGGCACUUGAAGAAGAGCCAUGCCCAGGAGUCAGGAUUGAUGCCACCCUGUACACCCAGCACUCCUGUGGCUACACCUACCCCAGCCUCAAAGUGUGUGGUGAAGGAAGAGCCCAGCUCUGUGACGUCUGAGAUGGGCUCUGGUUCCAAGGAGCCUAUGGAGACUUAUUCCAGGGACAUGUACAACUCAUACCCCAUGGCCAAUCCUGUCCCUGGGUUGGGCCACCCUCAUGGCCUUAUGCAGGGAUCUUUGUCAUCAAGCAUGGGUGUUGGUCGGCACAUUAACCCCCAAUCUUCUCACCCACACCACCAUCACCUCCAGCCACCAGUUGCUCCACAGCAGCAGCCCUACAGCAACAUGGCCAGGUACCAGCAUGGAUCUACCUCAUAUCCUCGUGCAGACGUGGACAGUUUCCUGCUGGAACUGCAGAGUGCCCCCCUACCUCACCCGAGUGUGGCCAACUCCUCUACCUCUACUUCUGCCUCCCCUCAGAGGGAGAUGUUGGGUGAAGGGGUGAGUUCUGGUGGUGAAUCCCAUCUGCUGUCAAGGAGCCCUGCUGUCUCCUCUACGGAGGUGUCCUGCACCACUAACAUGGACCUCGGGCAUCUGCUGGGCUUUUUGCCUUUCAGCCUGCCGCCCUACAGCCCUCACAUGGGAAUGGGAGGGUUAGUGAUGAGCUAUCCACCUGCCGCCACCACCACCACCACUUCCUCUCCAUCCUCUUCUACUGGGUUGUCCUCCCAGGCUCCAGGGCCUUUCACUUUCUUCCAGCCUCCCCAGGCUCAUGUACCCCAAGGCCCCGGAGCCCAUAACCACAGCCAGCUACCUCAGGCCUACAGCAGUCCUGCUGUGAGCUCUCCCAGCUCCCUACCUCACUACUACCAGGCCUUUCAGCAGUAAGCAGUUCUGUCCCCACAAUUGUUGCCUUCACAAAAGCUCAUGGAUCUUUCAUGAAAAGGGUAAAACAUGAAAACGGCAUUUAUUUUUUAUUGUGAUGCAGAUGUGUAAAUUUAGCCUGUCAGCGCUAAUGAUGCUAAUCUUAGUUGUUUUUUGUUGAACACAACAAGUCACCUCAUCAGUAUUACCUCAUUAUUUUAAAAGGAAGCUUGAACCUUUGUGGGUAGUGUAGAUGGUCUCAGUAUAACCAAAAUAGAGUAGUGCAUCUUCAGAUUAUUACGAACAAUGGAUGCACUUGUGGAGAAUGUGGAGAGUCAUCCGGUUCUAGGUUAUCAUGGAAAAUGCAACAAUGUUAAUAUAUGUGUGGAUAUAACCCCAGUUAACAAAAGUUGGGAUGCUGUGUAAAUUGGAAAUAAAAACAGAAUACAAUUAUUUUCAAAAAUCUGUGGUAACCAACAACACAAAAGUGUUUCUGAGCCUUAGUAGUAAUAGCCCUAUAUACGGUCACGUCUUACAUGAAGUGGUGAAACUCACCCAAUCCUUGCUUGUGACCGAUUGAACCUUUCAACGAUGCUGCUUUCAUACCCAAUCAUGGUACUAUUGCCUUUCACCAAUGAACCCGUUUACCUGUGGAAUGUUCCAAACAGCCGUUUCUAGAGCAUGCCACAACUUUCCCAGUAUGUUUUGCCUGCCUUUACUUGUUUGAUUUAUGUUGUUACCAUCAAAUUUAGGAUUUACAUAUAUUUUCAAAAAUCAGUCACAAGUUGGUGAGAUAAAACAUGUUUUUGUACUUUUCAGUUAUAUGUUAAAAGGAUUAGUAAACUGUAACAUUGUUUUUUUUAAUAUUUUACAUGGCAUCCCAACUUUUGUUGGUCAUGGUUUAUAUUUCUAUCCAGUAAUGUAUCAUGUUUUGAGCAAAUUUCCCCUUUCCUUAAUGAAACUGACUUGACAUUUUCUCAUUUUAGAGUAGGGGAGUAUAAAACAGCCAUACAGAGUGAGAACUUUUGGUGUAAGAUGUACUCAGGUACAGUUAUUGAUUACAUACAACAACAAAAAAUGGAAAAUGCAAACUCAAAACUGACCAGCACUGUCUGAAUAUGAUAUCCCAUCAAAACAUGCAGUAAAGAGCUUCCUAUCCACUCAUCCUGCAUGACAACAACUGAUGUUUCUGUGUAAGUGAAUCAGCAGACCAACCAUUAAUUAUGUGGUGUAAAUUUAACCCUUUUCUUUGUAAUUCAGAAUUAAGCUUUUGCCUAUUUUAAGUGUCUAUAAAGGCAGUUAUUAACAGCAACACAACAACUAUACUGUGUUUCCACCAAAAUUAGCGAGUCUGUAUGUUUUUCUUUAAAUGCGGGUACCCUCGCAAAAAAUCACCUAUAGACCCCACUGCCACAAGGCAGUCCAUCAGAGAUUUUAUCUAAAGCGUUAUGUUGUACAUCAUUGACUCUACAUUUCACAUCAUGAAUGCACCGGAAACAGUUGCAACACAAGAGAAAACAACAAUAGACCCAUUGUGAAAGAAGUAUCUGUAAAAUGGUGGAUAAAUUUGGGUCUUGCAUUUACCGGUAGAUCAAAGCCGAGUUGAACCGUGAUAGACCCAUGUCUACUGCAGAGUUGAACAGUUAAUGAACAAUCAUGCCGGAAUUAAAAUGCAAAAGCAAUUUCGUACCAUCAUAAUCCAAAAUUAUGAUUCCCUUUUUAUUAAAAAUAAUAAUAAUAAACAUGAUCUGACAUUCUGAAAUGUAAAACCCCAAUGUAUGAAUUCACUGUUUUAUUCAAAACAGUUACUUUUCUGCGGCACUACAGGGAUCACCUGUUCGCUGAAAGUGACUCCCGCUGACUUCUUAAUUGCAGUCCCUCACAACUCUUCUAUGACCCUUAAAUCCUUUGAAUCCCCUGCCUUAAAAGGUCAAACAGAGCACUCGGAAAUGUCCAGUUAUCAACACUGCGCAAACCAGGUCACUGAUCUCAGGGUUGCUGCCUGUCCCCAUUGCUUUAUAUUAAUUAUUUCCAUCCCAAACUCAGCACAGUACCCUUUCUUAACUGUUGAGAAACAGGAAAUAUAAGAUGUUGACUUUCACAGUCAUUUUCAAGGUCAGGAACAAGGAACAUAAAAGCACUUUGCAAUAUGUUGUUCUAUCUUCAUCAUCCUGAUCAUCCACGCCUCUCCACAUUUUCAGUAUUUUUCAUAGUGGACGGUGGAAACCCUAGCUUUGUGAUGUGACCUGGGGCACUUGUAACAGCAUUUUGAUCAAGGCAAAAGAAAGUCUCAGAGUGCUCUUUUUUUUCUGUUCGAACUGGACCACUGGAUCUGAGCAGGUUGAAACUGUGACCUGCUUGUUGUAAAUUACUGAAUAGAAAGCAGCAUCAAUUCUACAGAGAGCUUCCAGAGCACUUGUACCAUUGUUUUCUUUUCUUUCUUUUCUUUUCUUUCUUUUUCUUUUUUUUCACUUGAUUGAAACCCAUUCCUCAAAGGCUCUGGUGCUGGAUCUCAAGAGUUUCUGAUGUAAUAAGGACUAAAAGGCUACCCCCCCAAUAUAGUCCUGGCCUCUGUGCUGCAGGGGCUCAGCAAAGCCAGAGAAGGGAAGCAGUUGAGGGGCUUUCAAUGUCUUGAGAUCCAGGGUUCCUUCAAUGAGCCUCACUGCAGCACGACAAGCAUAAUGGAUCCCACCUGGAAACUUAACAAUAAUGAAAAAGAAAUGGUCAAAUGUAGUGGAGAUGGAGGAGUCCUCCAGCUGGAUUUUGUGAAUAACUGAUGUGAUGUUGGAAACAAGAUAUUUAGAGAUAGUCAAAUGGUGAUCUCUUUUCUGCCUUACUUCCAUGGACUUUAUAUUGAAGGACUUCUCUUGCUAGCAUUGUAACCAGCCUCCAAUUGUUGCACCAAUGUCUUAAAAUGCUACUGUUGUGCCUCUCUGAGAGUGUCUAAUCUCUUGAUAGGGUUUAAGCACUUAUGACAUUUCAAGGAUGGAUUUGAUCUGUACCUCAAACACACAGAACUGUGUUUCUGUUUUAAUUUGUAUUUGCUCCUAGUUAUUUUGGCUCUUACUUGUGCCAUUAGAUUGAAACUAUAAAAGUAGAUUUUAUGAAUCUAAACUCUUUAUCUAGCGGCAGAAAUUGACAUUGUAAUUCAGUCAAACUUGCUACCUCUACCUUAUCUUUCUGCAAAAAUCAUUGAAAAUAGUGUUAACCUGUAGAAAAAUAAAAAAUGAAAUAAAUGUAAAAAUAGGCAGUUUUUACCACUGUUGAAAAUGGGGAUAUGUUCAGAAUUCAACUUUGAAGGACCAGGUACACACAAAUUUAGUGGUGUAUUCUAGGGUCAAACAUUGUUCUCUAUACUUGCCUUUAAUAUUUCUACUUAUUUACUACCUCAGAAGAGACAGGUGACUGUCCAUCUAACUGCAGAGAAAAUGUUUGUGUAGAGUUUUAUUUUUGUCAGAAGAAGCACAUGUACUUUGUAGCUCCAUAGUGUUUUUUUUUUACUGAGAUUAGCUCACAGCAGAAUGAUGUCUAGUGCAAGUAGCAGCUUUCACUGCACUUGUUCUUUUAUAAUGCUCUCUCUGCCUCUUAAGUCUGGAAUGUUUACUUUGUUUAUGAAUUUGGACCUCGGUAUGAAGAAAUUCUGCAGUUGCAUGUUUGAAUUUAUGAUGCAUUUCACCUGAAAUCAACAUCACCUCUAACUAUUCCAAAUUAACGUUCCUUGUCUGAGUGAUUCAUAUUAAUCUAGAAAAAUGUGUUUCACUUGCUGGCUCUAGCUGUGUGAUGGUUUGCCGCUUUUCUUUUUUGUCUUUGUUAAUUGGAUGUAUUUUGGUUUUUGUCAGUUUUGUACAGGCAAAAUAAGGAAUUUGAACACAUCACUUUAGGCUCUGGAAAUGAUGGACAUUCAUCGUUAUUUUGUGACUUGCAAAAAUACCUUCCCCUACAUUAGGGCUUAAUUACCGAUCUGGGGCACCAGGCACAAGGGGCCCCUGACAGUCCUAUAUUCGUAAUGUGUCUUUUAAGUCUUGAAAAUUUGAUGAAUGGAAAAGUUGAAAAUAUCCCCCACUUAGUCAAAAUAUCACCUCAACUGAAAGGGCCUUCUGGUAUGCCCUGCAUUAUAGCUACUGUCCUUAAAAGAAAAAUAACAGGUCAUUUAAAGGAAAAGUCUGCUGCUUUUUUAACGUGUUCCCUAUAUUAACAUGUUUUGGCCUGUAAAUGACUCAGAUUUAUCAAGAGUUUUGGAACUGGUCCAGUAGAUUGCCUUAGCAGGCAGCCAUGCCAUGACGACAGUGUAGUGCUUUUGGGCAGCUGUGACUCUAGAUUACAAUCACACACACCACAGUGUUUGUUUUUGCCACUGACAGACUGGAGAUAAUUUUGUCAAAAUUAUCUGACAACAUUAAGGAAUUAAUUCCUACAGAGAUGGACCUUUUGUUAAAUAAUAUUCUUCUUGUAAUGGAAAUACAAGUGUCAUUUUAGGAGGAGUCUCACUCUGAAAUCCUGUGAGAAGACGACUGUGGAAAUGUGGGUCAGAUUUGGAGAGAGAUGUAGUUUACCUAGAAGACCUGAGUGGAAGAUUCCAUGAGGUUUCAGCAAUAGACUACUCCUUGAACAAGACUUUCUGGUUUGGCAAUUUAUUAUUUAACAUGAUAACAAUUUCUCUGUAAGAAACGUUUCUGUAAUGUAGACAUAACAUUAAUGGUCAGAGUUGCCCCUAAGUAUUACAUUGCCACCUUUACAGCGGUAUUGCAGCUUCCAGCUGAGUCAAUCCAUUAGAUUCAAAAACCUUUUGUAAAUAUAAACGUUCCAACACCAAAACAUUAAAAUAAAGGGCCUAUAAACCCCGCCCCCCACCCACCCACCCUGCAGUCAUUGCCCUGUGACAUCAUUAGACUGUUACAAGUCUGCUCUUGCUGCGUAGUGUAUGACAUGUUAGAAGAUUGUGUUUGUACAACAUAAACACAGUUGAAGCAUUCCAGACUGAAGGCAGAGAAGCGGAGCAGAGCAGAGGAUACAGAGGACACCAGCAUUCAUUUCACUAAAUGAUUGUUGAUCGUUCAGUACUGUUGUGUUGCCUGCAUUUAGUUCGGCUCUGAGAACCACUACAAUGCAGUUUUCACCACCUUUAAGUUAGAUAUGUUUUGCAUUAGGUUUGUAUUAUCAUUUAAUAGGUUAGAUGACAGUGAAAAGAAGAGGAGUUGUCAUUUUUGUCAUUGUCUAAGCAUCAAGUAAAACAAAUAAAUAAUUCUUUAGAUUUGAA